AUGCGUUCCACCGUGUCCUCCCUCCUUCUCGGCUUCCUGGCCGUCUCGCCCUCCCUCUCAGCGGUUGUCCCGCGCAACUCUAACGCGACCGGGUCUGUUCCCCUCCCGGAGCGCCUGUUGCACCAUUGGCCCAACGGGACCUGGGUGGAAAACAUCGCAGUCCGGCCCAAUGGCAACCUCCUCCUCACGACAUCCACCCCCAACGGCACCGUGUGGCAUGUGAAGAAGCCAUGGACCGAUACGCCCGAGGUGGAGCUCGCCUACAACUUCGACGAGUGGGUCGACCGGCUCAUUGGGAUCGGCGAAACCACCCCAGACAAGUACAUCGUCGUCGGCUCGCGCUUCUAUUCGCCCGAGGCCUACUCCAGCCAGGUCGACCGGACCUUCGCCGCCAUGGAGCUCGAUUUCACCACGGACACGCCCUCCGCUCGCAUGGCCGCCUGGAUGCCCGAGGCCGCGCUGCUCCAGGGCGUCGCCGCUCUGCCGUGGAACCGGUCCACCGUGCUGAUCUCCGACCAGUACGUCCUGCGCCCGCGGUACCAGCAGGUCGACUGGACGCCCAGCCCGGGGCAGAUCUGGCGCCUUGACACGCAGACCGGCGACUACGAGCUCGUCAUGACCGACUACGCCGAAAUGAACACCACCUACGCCCACGGCUCCGACGUGGGCAUCGACGGCAUCAGGAUCCUGGGCAACGAGCUGUACUGGGUCAACCAGGAUACCGGCGGCAUCUACCGCGUCGCGAUCCAGAAGAACGGCUACCCCGUGCCUCCCGCCGUCCCCGAGGUCGUCUCGGUUGUGGAAUCGCAGCUGUGGGACGAUUUCGCGUUCGGGCCCGGCAACAAGGAUCUGCUGUGGGCGACGGGCCUCAAUGCCGUCUACGCCGUGUCGACGAAGAACGGGACCGCUGUUGUCGUCGACGGCGUCGGCACAAGCAACAACUUGAGUUUCCCGGGACCAACCGCUUGCCAGUUCGGAAGGACCAAGUAUGAUUCGAACGUGCUGUACGUCACGGGCAAUCUGUACAGCGUCCCUGAUAACCUCCUAGACGUUAAGAUCGGUGGCUGGGUUCGGGCUAUUGAUACUACCGGGUUCCAUCUUUAG